AUGGCGGCGGCGGCAGAGGUGGCGCGGGCGGGAGCCGGCUCCGAGUCUCCGGCCCCGCCGGUGUGCGUGCUGGUGCUGGGCAUGGCGGGCUCUGGGAAAACCACCCUGGUGCAGAGGCUCACGGCCCAUUUGCACAGCCAGAAUUCCCCGCCCUACGUCAUCAACCUGGACCCUGCUGUGCACGAGCUUCCCUUUCCCGCCAACAUCGAUAUCAGAGACACAGUGAAGUACAAAGAAGUCAUGAAACAAUAUGGUCUGGGCCCAAAUGGUGGAAUAGUGACUUCUCUCAAUCUCUUUGCCACAAGAUUUGAUCAGGUGAUGAAGUUUAUUGAAAAGCGACAGAACACAUCUCAAUAUGUUCUUAUUGAUACACCAGGACAGAUUGAGGUGUUCACCUGGUCAGCCUCAGGCACUAUCAUCACUGAGGCACUGGCUUCCACUUUUCCUUCAGUUGUCGUUUAUGUGAUGGACACAUCUCGCAGCACCAGCCCUAUCACCUUUAUGUCUAACAUGUUGUAUGCUUGCAGUAUCCUGUACAAAACAAAACUACCUUUUAUUUUGGCCAUGAACAAGACAGAUAUAAUUGAUCACAGUUUUGCAGUAGAAUGGAUGCAGGAUUUUGAGAUCUUUCAAGAUGCCUUGAAUCAAGAGACAACAUAUGUUAGUAACCUGACUCGUUCCAUGAGCCUGGUGUUGGAUGAGUUUUACAGCUCACUCAAGGUGGUUGGUGUUUCUGCUGUGCUGGGUACAGGACUGGAUGAAUUUUUUGUGAAAGUCUCUGAAGCUGUAGAUGAAUAUGAGAGGGAGUAUCGUCCAGAAUAUGAGCGUCUGAGAAAAUCAUUGGCAAAAGCCCAGAGCAAGCAGCAGAAAGAGCAGCUGGAACGUUUGCAGAAAGACAUGGGCUCUGUGGCUAUGGAGAGCAACUUACUUGCAGAUUCUUCUGACACUUCUGCAUUGGGCCCCUCUGACUUGAUCAUGACACGAGGAACUUUGGAUGAGGAAGAUGAAGAGAGAGAGAGUGAUACUGAUGAUAUUGACCAUCAAGGGUUUGUUCAUGUUCCAAUUCCAACCCGAAAAAUCCUUCCAUUACAAAGGGCUAAAGCUCAGCCAGUAUUAUCAAGGCGCCCACAAAGAGAGAACAUGAACCAGCUCAUCUAUGGGAAGGAAAAUGAGAUGGUUUAUGUCUUCAUCCGCAUUAACAGUGCAGGGACAGUCCUGCCCUGCUCCUCUGAACAGCUGGGGACAAAGACGUGGAUGGAUCAAGUUUACAAAUGGACCAAGGACACUGGGCAGGAAAUUCAAGAUUCCAAAUAUUGCUCCAUACUGGAGAAUGGAUCCCUAGCCUUCAAGGACUUUGGCUCAGCGCAGUCUGGAAUCUACAAAUGCAGUGUCUCCUAUUCCAAAGAGGGCAAGCGCUACACAAAGAACUUCCAUUUCUUUGUCAGGGCUUAUCACAGGCCAGAGAGGAGUGUGGAGAUCCGGUUUGCAUUUUACUCUCCUCUCUGCAGCUCAGCAACCAACAGCAUCUACAUCCACAGCUUUCUGGAGCAUCUGAAUGGGCUAGUGAGGAAUCUCAGCUGUGAGGUCUUUGAAAAAUACACUAAGUGCAUCUGGCCCUCGCAAGAAAGGAACCACUCUGAAGUAUGGAUGACUGUGCUGAUGUUUCCUUAUGGAGUCAUGUGGGAAAUUCAUUGCCCACCAGAAAGUACGAGCAAAAACUGUGAACAAGACAUCGAGGAUCGCUCUAAAGAGGCCUAUGAGAGAAUUCAUCGCUCCAUCGAGGUGCUGAAUGAGUUUCAGAUCCGUGAGGGGAAUCUGCCUCCUUUGCACUACAAAGCUGGGUCACUUCUGGCCUAUAAGGUGGAUCAUUGGCUGUACAGCUCACUGAAUACAGUCACAUGUGCCACUUGCCCCCUGGGUUCUUACAAUGAGCAUUAUGGGAAGACAGAGUGUGAGACCUGCACAAGGAGCUUGGUGACCUAUCACAAAGGAGCUACAUCCAGUGAAGACUGUGUCCCUGCCAUCUCGCGUCUGGUGCUGCUGCUCUGUGUAUUCACCUUUGGAGUCACACCAUCCAUCCUCUUUGUUUCAGUGUACAUUGUCAUGCGAUUGUUUUUUCCUCGGACAAAGUUGGGCAAAGCCCUGCUCCACAAGGAGCUGGAGUUCCUGCACAAAGUGACUCUGUGUGACGGGAAUACAUCUAAGAAGCCAGGCGAAGAAUCCAAGAGACCAAGGAAGUGGGAAAAUUCGUCCCAGCCUUUCCAAGCUGCCCCAAAUGCUGUGGGGCCAUUUCCUGGGCCAGAAGCUCCACCACCAGAGAUUUAAGCCUCACUCUGGUCCUAGGCACAGUUGUGUGUCUUUGCAGGAAAUUGAAACAAAAUUUUCAAAAGUGUAGAGAAAUUUCAGUCCAAAUAAAUCUAAAGAAAAUCAUUA